AUGGCUGAGAAGGUGACCGAUCGAAGUCGCUCGAGACGAGAGAAGAGCGCACGCAGAACCUCGCUGGUAUUCGGAGCCCAGCAGGAUGACAACGGUGUUGAGGUAAACACCGUUGACGAACUGAUCGCCUGGAUUCAGGCCGAACACGAGACCGCCUGGCGCCUGCUGUUUAAGCGUCAAGGACAGAUUGAUGAGCUACGGAUUGCUCAAGAAAAGAAGGAUUUGGAGCAUGCGAGCGAGACCAUGCACCUACGUGAGCAGCUAGCUGCUUUGGAAGACCGAAUGACCCCUGCCGGACCUGACAUGGAGGAGGAGUACGCUCGCUUGCGUACGGAACUUGACGAUACCCGCAAGGAGAUGGCCGCCCUGCGCAGUGAACGUGAUAGCCUGAUGACCGUGAUGCGCCUGAUGGGCCUGUCAGUUGCCAACCCGAACCAGAUAACCGAUGACCGAGGAUCCCCUGCACCCUCUCAGCUCGGAGGCAAAAGAUCCACUAAGAUGCCCGAUCCUGCGAUGUUCAGCGAUGGAAAGCUGGUGAAGUUCGACGACUGGAUGACCGACAUGAAGCGGAAGCUCCUCCUGAACGAGGACCAUUACCCGACUGACGCACAUCAGCUCGCGUACGUGAGUAGCCGGUGUGAAGGAAAGGCCCUACGACACGUCCAACCCCGUAUGAAACAGGGAGCCACCGAAGCAUAUCAGACUGCGGAAGACGUAUUCGACCACCUCGGAAGCAUCUUCCUCGAUCCCAAUCGUCGACGAAUGGCCCAGGACCAGUACAUUGCACUGAAGAUGGACCCGAAGCAAGGUUUCAACGACUUCCUGUCCGAAUUCACCUACCUGGCCGACGAAGCAGACCAGCCGAAGGGAAUGCGGAAGGAUGACCUCUACCGCAAGCUCCCGACUCUGUUACAGAACCAAGUGAUGGCCGAUGCAGGCGAGGACUCAGUGACCCUUAGCCAGUUCGUGCGCAAGUGUCAGGUUACAUCCCGCUUGAUUUCGCAGCAGAUAAUCAGCCGCGCAGAGAACCGAUCUCGAAACCCGAACCGAACUGAUACGAACGCUCCAAGCCGGAACCGAAACGAUCCGCAGACCCCGAAACCCUCGACCCGUCUAGAUGACAAGGAGAAGGCCGCUCUUCUGAAGGAAGGCCGUUGCUUCGUCUGCCGCGAGCAAGGUCAUAUCUCUCGCAACUGUCCAACUAAGAACCAGACGACCGCUGCCGCCGCUGCAACCGAAGCCACCGGCAAGGAUCGGAAGGAGAAGCGCAAGGAGGAUCUUUCGACCGCGGAGGAGAGCGAUUCGGGAAAAGAAUAA